CUGCUCGCCUCUGAUUGGUCCACAGCUCCCACAAUCGUUUGGAUAACGUCCGCCGGAUCAAACGCAAAGAUGAGUCUGAGGAAACAAACCCCGAGUGACUUCCUGAAGCAGAUCAUCGGCAGACCCGUGGUGGUCAAGCUCAACUCGGGGGUGGAUUACAGAGGUGUGCUGGCCUGUCUGGAUGGAUACAUGAACAUCGCCAUCGAGCAGACAGAGGAGUAUGUCAACGGGCAGCUCAAGAACAAGUAUGGAGACGCUUUUCUAAGAGGAAACAAUGUUCUCUACAUCAGCACCCAGAAGAGGAAAGUGUAGUUGAAGACGAUUUUGUGUCUUCAUUUUUAUUUCCCAGUAUUUGAUGCAUGAGUGGACGAGUUCUUAUGAUUUUUUGAUCUGUAAAGCCUGAAGUCCUGAAGAAUGUUUGUUUUUGUAAAAGUGGAAGUUAAUAAAUCCUGAGUUUUGA